AUGAAUCUGAAUAAAAAUUAAUUCUCUAACAUUGAUGGCUCAAGCAAAGUGGCUUUUAUUUUUAUUGGAUCUGCUUAAAACUUUUAAAAUUAUUAUGAUAGAUAAAAUCUGAUUGAUUAAGGAGUUUCUUUUUAGCAUGCUUUUAAAGGAACAGAUGAGCAAUAGCUCAUUCGCCAAGAUAAAGAAGCUUUAUACAACCAUGCAAAAAGCUUAAAACUCAAUUGCGAUGCCGUUUCGUUUGAAAGCCUAUUGUCUAAAAACAAAUUUAUUAAAAAAAGCCAAGUAAUAUCGUUUUUAAUAGAGAAUAUUAGCAAGUAUAAAAAUUUCAGUGAAAUUAAUAUACACUUCGAUGGUCCUAGUAUUAAAUAUAAGGGAGAUUGGGUAUUCUAUGACAAUUAAAUUCUGAAAUAAGAAGAAUUGUUAUUAAUUGCUAUAAAUUAGCAAUUUAGAAAUAAUUUAAUAAUCGUAUCAAAUUGUAACUAUAGCAAUGAGCUUUUAGAGAGAUAUAAUAAAGGUGUCUAUGAUAAAUAUAUUUCUUACUUUAACUCAUUACUUUUCAUUUCUACAUGCUUUAAAGAACAAAAUUAUCAUUCAUUUUAUUAGUUUUAUAAUUUUUAAUGCAGAAACUGCUGCUUCAUCAAAUAAUUAAAUAACUCUUACACAAAUGAAUGUAAAUUACAUAAUUAAUAAGAAUAAAUAGAGCUUUGUAAUUCAAUUUCCCCAUCUAACACUUUACUUGAUAAGUAGGUGAUUAUUAAUUAAUCUUGUCCAUCACAUAGAUUUAGCAAUUACGAACUUUCUACUUAAGCUAAUACUGCUAGAAAUUAGUACUAUUAAUCAAAUAUCAUGCUUAAAGAAGAUAUAGAAAAAAAAUAUGAUUUAAAAAUUGAUAACUCUAGUAAUUAAACAAAUAUUUACAAAAAGUCCUCAAUUUUACUUCAUCCAUCUAAUUAACACUAAAACUAAAACGCCCAUAACUCUUUUGAGGCAAAAUCACAGGAUGUAUCAUAUGAGCUUCUUAGUACUGACUAAACAUUUAAUAUGAAUAAUAACAACCAAAGUUUAAAAGGUGUUAGCUAUGAACAGAUAAAAUAUUUUUUUAGUUCAGUAUAACCUAUAAACAGAAUUUUAGAUAACUAGUAAACCUAAUAAGAUAAAAGAUGA